AUGUGUCUAUCUGAUAAAUUUUGUUUAGGUUAUUUGCGACAAGGUGUGAGACAUUUUGGUGUGAGUGGUAGCUACGGUCCGAGUAUCUAUGGAAUCCAACAAACUGAGACUAAUACGCGCCUUAUCCGUUUACCUCCAGAGGAGCCUUCAGCUAAUAUUGAUCUUUAUUCCCGACUCCACGUAUCUAAAUGGCCCGGGGAGAUCCGUGCUUUGCGUGGUAACUAUUUCUUCAGAGCGGGUCAGCGUACCAACACUGGGUACUAUCACAUGUUGAUUAAGAACAAGAAGGACAUAUGUUUGGUCUCUAACGUGGACAAGAGGCUAACUGCUACUCGUAGUAUUGAAAAUUGUUUGUAUGAGCGUACCCGUGGUUUCGCUGGUCAGGUGCUUUUACAUGGUAGGGGUGUGAAAGCUUUUUUUGAUCCUGAAUUUCCACAUCUGAUGUUCAGAUUAGGAGUGGGAUCUAAUUGUUUAGAUGCUACCCGUGUAUGUACCAUGUAUGCUAAACAUGUCAAGGUUGAGGUCGACAGGACCGGUCUGAUAGUAUCUGUGCAUGGUUAUAACAAGAUGAUGGUCGGUAAUGUCGUUUAUCGUCUAUUUCGUCUUGUGGAAGCUAAUCCUUAUACACUGAAGGGUGGUCAUAUAGCAAAUUACCCUAUCAAGAAGAAGAUGCCCAAGAAGAGGUAG